GGUUCCUCAUGUUCCAUGCAUGCUUGUUAGAACUCCAGCUGAUGGAUGCAAAUGUUUAUUUGAGCUAGUUAGGGUCUUCUACCUCCUUCCUCUGGUCGUGUCUAAGCAGUGAUGGAGCAGUGAUCGGUGUUGGUGGAAAUGAUCUCCUCAACAGCCUGACCCUGAAGAGAAACAACACAGUCAGUCAGCCAGCCGAGGGCUGCAGAUGGAGAAUGGAGACCUGGGUCACAUGACAGUUUCAACAGUGUUUUGAACCGCUCUGGAAGACGGGGCUGAAGACGGGGACAUUUCUGACGCGUGCGAAACGUUAACCAAUCACAACAGAACGGGCUAGCUGACCAAUCAGAGCAGACUUUGCUUUCUGGAGGGAGGAGCAAGCGCUACAACGGAGCGUUUCAGAGAGAGGGUGAGAAGAGGUGCGUCAGGACAGCCAGGAUGAGAAAGACAAGGCGGAUUAUGAGCAUUAAGAUGGGGGAGCUAGUGACGCUGAAUGUGGGCGGCUGUGUGUACAACACGUCGAUGUCCACGCUGCAGCGCUACCCUGACUCCAUGCUGGGAGCCAUGGUCGGAGGAGACUUCCCCACCGUCAGGGACGCACGCGGGAACUACUUCAUCGACCGCGACGGCCAUUUGUUUCGCUACAUCCUCAACUUCCUGCGGACGUCUGAGCUGACGCUGCCCUGCGACUUCAAGGAGGCUGAGCUGCUCAGGAAGGAGGCUGACUUCUAUCAGAUCGAGCCCCUGAUUCAGUGUCUAGGAGACCCCAAACCCCUGCUGUCCUACCCCACUGACACCUAUGAGGAGAUGGUGGAGCUGUCCAGCACCAGGAAGCUGUCAAAGUACUCCAACCCCGUCGCAGUCAUCAUCACACAGCUCACCAUCACCACCAAGGUCCAUGCAGUGUUGGAGUCCAUCUCCAGCAGCUUCACAAAGUGGAACAAACACAUGAUGGACACCAGAGACUACCAGGUGUCCUUCACCUUUGGACCAUGUGACCACCAACAGGAAAUCAGCCUGCGUGUCCAUCUGCUGGACUUCAUCUCCAAAGCUGGUUUCACAAUACGCAACACUCGUGUUCAUCACAUGAGCGAACGGGCCAAUGAGAACACAGUGGAACAUCACUGGACGUUCUGUCGACGAGCUCACAGAGUGAACAACUGACGGAUGAACUGAUUGUUGGACUAACUGACAGAAGAUGUCAUCGCUGCGUCAACAGACAGACAAACAGACAAAUAGACAGAGACUUGUUAGCGGUGGCAUUGUUGUUAUGUGUCCAUAUUUUGUAUGACGUGUGUUGUUUUUUAUUCAAAAUGAAGUCAUUCUUUGGGGAAAGUGAGGUCAUUUUUGACUCAUUGAUAUUUACCUCAGAACGUGAGUUUUUUGGAGGGCUAGCAAAUUUGCCACAUGUGGUACAUAAUCCUGAGACGUUUUUUUUUUGGUCAACUAUCACAUUUAGCUGCAAUGUUUUGGUAAAAGUAUGGCCACCGUAUGAACGUAUGUUUGGUAGCUACAUACUGCAUAUCUGGCAUAUCAGAAGUAUCACAUAUAUGUUGUACACCAAUGUCUGGGAAAUAAUAUUAUUUGCAAAUAAAACAAUG